ACUCGAGUUUAGUUCACAUGCAACUAUCGAGUUGGUCGGAGCAGCUAAAUCAGUUCAAAAGCAAAAAUGAAUAGACUUCAAACAUCGUUUAUCAUCCUCGUUAUUGCUUCUGCAGUGUUGGGAAUUUUUGCUGACUAUACGGCUGAUCAGACAGCGAGAUUUGCAACUAUAGCCAAAAAAUGCUACCAGGAAUUAGAUUUUCCGGCAGAUUCCGAUAUCAUUCGCCGGAUUUCGAUCAACGAAAAACCGGAAGAUUUUGACGAUCAACGUGUUAAGGAACUGAUGGUUUGCGGAACGAAGGAACUCGGAUGGUUGGAUUCUGACGGAAUCUUUCAGAAGCAAGUGUUCCUGGACUUUUUUGGAACCGGAUAUGCUCAGGAGGCAAAAUUGAAGGAAGUUACUGAUCGAUGUGUUGAUGAUAAUCACCUGAACAACCUGGCGAAACCGACCGAUCGGAUCUAUAACUUCCAUCGGUGUUUUUUCGGUACCAAGCAGUUUGAGCUGUGAAUUUUCUAAUAUUUUUUUUUAUUUUGGUGAUGGCGAUUUUCAUAAAAAUUAUAAUAUUCAAUUUAUUAUCGAUAAGCAUGGUGGCAGAGCCAUAGUAAGGUUUCAAAUAUAUAAAACGGUUUAAAAUAUAGGGUAAUAAAAUUUCAA